AUGACUACUCGUGAGGUUGAUAUCAAUGCGAAACGGCAGCGUGAAUCGCGCUACACCACAUUCGAAGGCCCGUGGCCUUCAUGCACCAUGUAUCUCAUGCUUAGUCUUUAUCGCCACAGAGUUACAGAGCCGGGUUGUAUGCUCAAAAUUAUGGAGGGUGGCUCCGAGCUCGGAGUAUCUACAUAA